CUCCCAGCAUGCCCUUCUUCACACCACGUACUUCCGUGUACCCAUCAUGCCGUUUCAGAAACAUGGCGGCUGAGUUUUCAUAACAUCGGUACCUCUGCGGUCAUUCAGCGGAUUGUCGCACUUCACAGAAGCUCAACGAGACGAGAGUUGUGUCGAAGUGGAUUUUCCACGAUGCCGAAGUAUUACGAAGAUAAAGAGACGGAUGACAGAGCCUGUGCUGGAAUCAGAGAGGACUUUAGAGAAUGUCUCCUUCAACACGACUGCGUAAUAAAGGAGGGGAAACUGCCCAGCCAGUGUUUGAAGGAAGGCCACUGCAAAGCCCUGCAGACGUCAUUCUUUGAGUGCAAGAGGUCGAUGCUGGACACGAGGUCACGAUUCAGAGGAAGGAAAGGAUAUUGAGGAACCAGUGAAAUGCUGAUGUUGCUGUGUGGUAGAGAUUCCUGGAUGAGCGACUGUAAAUACAUCUCUUGUUCACAGAUCAGUGUACUUGAGAUCAAAUACACAUCUGAAAGACAAUUGUCUAAAAAGCAGAUAUCAAAUUGGGACAACUAAACGUGAAUGAAAAGUGGGCAUCGACGCUCAAAAGAUUCAUCAACUCAUCAGUACAACGCACUGACUGGAGCUUCCAGCAUUUUGAUUUCUUCUCUUAAUGUUAUUCUGGAUGAAUGAGUAUGUGUGAUGAAAUAAAUAAAACAGACUUUCUACUAAAA